AUGGCAAAAUUAAUACCAAGACCAAUGCGUAUGCCAAUAUCAGUACCAGUGCCAAUAUCAAUACCAAUGCCAAUACAAAUAUCAAUGCUAAUACCAAUACCAAUACUAAUACCAAUUCCAGUACCAUUACCAAUACCAUUACCAUUACCAAUAUUAAUACCAACAGAAAUAACCUACACCUAUACCAAAAUAAAUAGAAAUACCAAUACCAAGAUCAAUGCCAAUACCAAAAUACCAAUACCAGUACCAAUACUAGUACCAAUACCAUUACGAAUACCAAUACCAAUACCAGUACCAUUACCAAUACCAAUACUAGUAUAA